UUCCCCUGAAUAUGAUAUGUUUGGUAACUAUGAGACCGAAGAAACAUACCAGGUGUCUAUUGUAGCAUCUGAAGACAGCUUUCUUCUGACAAUGUCUGUCAUAAAACUUAAGACAUAUCUAGAUACCGAUCCAUUUAUCUCAAAUGUGUUUUACAACGUGGUUGGAAAGGACAUUAGCAACAAGCUUUAUCAAAUCCAAGAAUUGUUAUUAAAUAAUCCAGACUAUAUGCAAGCAUUGCCAAGUCGUCAGUCAUCUAUGGUCAAUCUGAGAAGUGCCCUUGUAAAACAAAACUCUUCAGUUGCAUUACCGGUAUAUAAAUUGAAUUGUUUUGGAGUAGACCUGAAAGGUUGGAACAUCAAUCAUAAUUCCAGUGCUGAAGAGACAGUAACACAUUACCCUGUUGAAACUUUUGAAAGUCAAGUAUAAGUGGAGUGAUACUAUACAUACUUUUGUUAUAUCAUAGGUACCAAAGAUUGACCAAAGAACAUGGUGUAUAAUAAACAUAAGAUGCUCAACAUA